AUGUCCUCUCAGUCAGAAAUGAAUCUCUCUUGUUCGAUCUGCUAUGACAUCUUCAGAGACCCCAUCAUGCUGUCAUGCAGCCACAGCUUUUGUAAAGACUGCCUGCAAAUGUGGUGGAAGGAGAAACCAGUACGUAAAUGCCCACUUUGUAAGAAUUUGCAUUUGUCAGAUGACCCACCCUGUAACUUGGUGUUAAAGAACCUGUGUGAAGCUUUCUUACUGGAGAGAGAUCAAAAAGCUUCUUUAGAGUCAGAGGCUCGCUGCAGUCUGCACUGUGAGAAACUCAAACUCUUCUGUCUGGACCAUCAGCUGCUAGUGUGUCUUGUUUGUAGGGAUUCAAAAAUACACAACAAACACACAUUCAGAACCAUCGAAGAAGCUGCGGAGGAUCACAGAAAAGUGCUUCAGGUGUUACUACAGCCCUUAAAAGAGAAACUGAAGCACUUUAAAAUAGUUAAAGGAGACUUUGAUCAAACCAGAGAACACAUUAAAGUCCAGGCCCUUCACACAGAGAGGAAGAUCAAGGAGAAGUUUGCAAAAAUGCACCAGUUUCUACAAGAAGAAGAAAAAGCAAGAAUCACUGCUCUGAGGGCAGAAGAGGAGCAGAAGAGUCAGAUGAUCAAGGAGAAGAUGGAGGCUCUGAGCAGAAAAAUAGCAGCUCUUUUAGACGCUAUCAGAGCCACAGAGGAGAACCUGAGAGCUGAAGAUGUCUCAUUUCUGCAAAACAUCAAGCCUGCAGUGAACAGAGUCCAGCAGCGCACCCUGCUGGAGGAACCACAUGUGGUCUCAGGAGCUCUGAUAGAUGUGGCCAAACACCUGGGCAACCUGACCUUCAACAUCUGGAAGAACAUGAAGGAGAUGGUCUCCUGCACUCCAGUGAUUCUGGAUCCAAACACAGCUCAUCAACAACUCAUCCUCUCAGAAGAUCUGACCAGUGUGAGUCUCGGUGAGAGACAGCAGCUUCCCAACAAUCCAGAGAGGUUCGACCACCAUCCAAUUGUUCUGGGCUCCGAGGGCUUCGACUCAGGGACUCACAGCUGGCAUGUUGAGGUCAGAAAGGAUGGGAUCAGGUGCCUCGGUGUGCUAAUAGAGUCUGUUAAGAGAAAAGAACAAUUACAGACUGGAUUCUGGGAAAUAUGUCUCCAGGAUGGACAAUACACAGCAGCUGCUCCACCACUUCCUGAUAAACUUCUCUCAGUGAAGAAGCUCCAGAGGGUCAAAGUUCAGCUGGACUGUGACAGAGGGAAGCUCUCAUUCUUCGAUCUUGACACCAGCACACACAUACACACCUUCAGACUCAGUUUCACAGAGAAGCUGUUUCCUUACAUUGGCACGCACAAUAAAGUACCAAUGAAGAUUUUACCUGUGACUGUGAGAGUGGAACAGCACACGCCCUCUUUAUCUACAGGUUUUUGGUUUAGCUAG